AUGCCAUCCCCAGACAAUAGCAUGCUUCUCACUGGACCACACGGCGGAUUUGCGUGCAAGACCCAAAUUCAUAAGUCUUCUAUCAAACUCAAUUGCUCUAACAUGGAAAACGAGACCCUCCUUGAGCUCUCCUCCCCGGCCCAAGCGGACUUCACCUCCCCCACACUUUUCUCCGCUUUCCACCCCGAGCUAGCUCUCCUCUUUAUCCUCCCUCUGACUCUCUUCCUCGCCCACUCUAUCCGGAAAGACUACCAUGCCUUCCUCGCCCUGGGACCAGGCGGCACUCCCUCAACUCCAGCAGGGUACCUCCGCAUAUGCCUCCUCCGUCUCGUGACCAUCCGCGACCCGUUCGCCCCACCGUCUCUACCCUCAGUCCUCCACCCCCAACAGGGCUUCCUGCAACGCAAUGCCCUCUCUAUCCGCCGUGGCCCCCGCCCAAAAGUCGUUGGCAUCGCGCCCCAGCGCCAAGUUACCCAGAAACCCGGCGCAGCCAUGUACGACGCUCUCUCCGCAGAAAUCCAUCGGCUCGCCCGGCAACACCCAGAAGCAUUAUACACCGCAACCUCGUGCUUCGAGAAACACAGCACGGGGAUCUUCUGCCGCCUCAGUAACCCAACCAUGUCCACAAACCCGUGCAACAGCGAGACCUGCAAACAACCUCGUCCCUCCCAAAACUUGAACCUCCGAGUCACCUGCAACGGCGAAGUCUGCCACUCGCACCCCAGCGACGGAAGCCUCCAUCUUACCCUCCACCCGGCAGACGUGAAACUUGUUCUCGAGCGUGGCUGGGCCCAGCGACACCCUCUCGCACGGGAAAGCUGGUGGUGGCGGAGAAUCGUCCCGACUGGGUUUGUGAUGAUCUAUGCUCCCCGCGACGCGGAAGAACUGAAAUGCGUGGUCGAGAUAAUCCGUGCCGCUGCGUGGUGGGUUAGCGGGAAGGAGUUACAGUAAACUACCCACCCGCCUUGCCUCCGAGCACCUUGAACUGCUAACUACACUCUCUGUGUCCUGCAUACUCUCCUAAGUGGAGAACUAACUCGACAGGAAGUUUUGUUAAUACUGACUGACUGACAAACCAUCCAACGAUCCAACCAUCCAACCAACCAACAAGCAGACAAGCAAGCAAACAAAAGUGCCCUGU